AUGCCAUGCACCACUUUGUGUUAUCUGCACAGCAUGUGCGCAAUCUUGUGCAAGGUGACCUGCACCAGUCGAGACAAUCUUCUGAAUCACGCUCACUCAAAAGGCCACACAAAGAAGGCAAAGAAGGCAAGCGUGGCCGAUGGUGCCACUGCCAAGCAAGAUCAUACGCUGGGAGGUCUUGGUACAGAUUUGGGAUCGAGUAGCAGAGAUGUUGCUGAACAGACAGCUGCUUCAGCAGAUCCCUGCCCAGAGAAGAAUGACAGGAUGCGCAAGGAGUUAGGCAGCGCCAAAGAGGAUGAGAGGUCAACGAAGUCAUCAAAGAAAAGAAAAGCACUGCACCCAGCGGAUGCUGCAUACAUGGGGCAGUGCAGCGCUGAUUCGCCAGCCGGCUCCAAAAAGCACAAAAGAAAGCGUGGCAUAGUUACUCAAGUGGCAGCCGAAUCAGCACUCAGCCUUGGCAGAGAAACCGCCAAGGACUCUGCUGGCCCGAACAAGGCAGUCGAUGCUUUGCAAGAAGAUGAAGGCUUGGUGGGGGCAAAUGCUGUUGCCAAGAAAUUGAAGAAGGCAAAGAAACGUGAGCCUGGCGCUUGUGGCGGGCACUUGAAGGCUGGGCUGCUGGGCAAUGGCGUUGUGAAAAAGAAGGCCAUGAAGAAAAUGGCGAGGGCUGCUGCCUGCCAAGAGAAUGGAGCUGUCUUGGCAGAAGAUGGCAAGGAAGUGAAGAAGGCCAAAAAGAGUGAAUCAAAGGGUGUGGUUGACAGGGAGAAUGGGAGCAUGCUGGAGGAUGGUGAUGCCCAGAAGGAGAAGAAGAAAAAGAAGAGUAGAAAACGUAAGUCGAAGGUCGAUGUUGAGGAACAGGUUGGGGGCAGUGAAAGGAUCGAGAGUGGAAAGGAAGCAAAGGCCAAACAGAAGAAGAAGAAGAAGGAAAGAAAGGCUGCUGACUCCUGA